GAAUGACGGCCGCGUUUUCUCUCUCCGAUUGUCAAAUCAAAUUUCCUCAGUCAGCCACUAACGUCUACUCACCGUCGUUUAACACAGUCCUUCUCUCUAUCACUCGCGACCCUCACUCUUCUCCUGUCACUCUCUCUCUUCAUAAAGCAUCUGUUUUAACUCCUUCCUUACAGUUCACGCCAAGCGUCUGUGCUCUCUCCCAAUCAAAAAAUGGAGGUGGAGCCGAGCUCAUCUCAUGCUUCUCAACCAUUGGUCUCUGUUUGCUUCUGAUUCGUUGACUCGCUCAGUCACGUUUCUUGUAGUGUGUGAUUUGGUUCUGGAUUUGUUAUAAUGGAAGAAGCAGGGAGGGGAACGAAGAAAAAGAUGCCAGUGACUUGUAAUUGUUUGAUAAUUGUGGUGUUUUUGCUGCUCUUUCCUCAAGCUUCGCCGCUCAAUGAUGAAGGGAAAGCCUUGAUGUCGUUGAAGGCAUCAUUUAGCAAUGAAGUUAACGUGCUUCUCGACUGGGACGAUGUGCACCACCGGGAUUUCUGUUCUUGGCGUGGUGUUUUCUGUGACAAUGCCUGCUCCUCUGUUGUUUCUCUGAAUUUGUCAAAUUUGAACCUGGGUGGGGAAAUAUCUCCUGCCAUUGGAGACUUGAGGAAGUUGCAAUCAAUAGACCUUCAGGGAAACAAGUUGACGGGUCAAAUCCCAGAUGAGAUUGGCAACUGUGCAUCUCUAUUUCAUCUGGAUUUGUCUGACAAUUUUCUGCAUGGAGACAUACCCUUUUCCAUAUCUAAGCUUAAGCUGCUGGAAUUCUUGAAUUUGAAGAACAACAAGCUUACUGGUCCUAUCCCGGCUACCUUGACCCAGAUACCUAACCUGAAAACUCUCGACCUUGCUCGGAAUCAGCUCAUUGGUGAGAUACCGAGAUUACUCUACUGGAAUGAAGUAUUACAGUACCUUGGGCUUCGAGGGAAUUCAUUGACCGGAACAUUGUCAUCGGACAUGUGUCAGUUGACUGGUUUGUGGUAUUUUGAUGUGAGAGGCAAUAAUCUCACUGGCACAAUCCCUGAUAGCAUUGGCAACUGUACAAGCUUCGAGAUAUUGGACUUGUCGUACAAUAACAUUACUGGGGAGAUACCAUAUAAUAUAGGCUUCUUGCAAGUAGCAACUCUUUCACUUCAAGGAAAUAAGCUAACAGGGAAGAUUCCUGAAGUGAUUGGUUUGAUGCAGGCCCUUGCUGUUUUGGACUUGAGUGAGAAUGAGCUAGUUGGGCCAAUCCCACCAAUACUUGGCAAUCUAUCUUAUACUGGAAAACUGUACCUCUAUGGAAACAAGCUUACUGGAUCAAUCCCUCCAGAACUUGGCAAUAUGUCAAAACUCAGCUACUUGCAAUUGAAUGACAACCAGCUUGUUGGCAGCAUUCCUCCUGAACUUGGGAAGCUGGAGCAGUUGUUUGAAUUGAAUCUUGCUAACAAUGACCUUGAAGGGCCCAUUCCACAUAACAUCAGCUUCUGUUCUGCUCUGAACCAAUUCAAUGUGCAUGGUAAUCACUUAAACGGAAGUAUGCCUUGGGGUUUCAGGAAUCUAGAGAGUUUGACUUACCUAAAUCUUUCAUCAAACAAUUUCAAAGGCAGGAUUCCAGUGGAGCUUGGCCAUAUUAUCAACCUUGACACAUUGGAUCUAUCUGGCAAUAACUUCUCUGGACCUGUUCCAGCUUCUGUUGGUGACCUAGAGCACCUUCUUACCUUGAAUUUAAGCAGGAAUCAUAUUGAUGGGCCAUUGCCUGCUGAAUUUGGGAAUCUUAGAAGUAUACAGAUUAUUGAUAUGUCAUUCAACAAUGUCACUGGCUCCAUUCCUGCAGAAUUGGGUCAGUUGCAAAACAUCUUUUCUCUGAUCCUGAACAAUAACAACUUGCAGGGAGUGAUCCCUGAUCAACUUGCCAAUUGUUUCAGUCUUACAAAUCUGAAUUUCUCGUACAACAACUUAUCAGGGGUUGUACCUCCCAUCAGAAACUUCUCACGAUUUCCACCGCUAAGCUUCAUUGGAAAUCCAUUGUUGUGUGGCAACUGGUUGGGAUCUAUUUGUGACCCUUAUGAACCCAAGUCUAGAGCAAUUUUUUCCAGAGCUGUGGUCGUCUGCAUGACAUUGGGCUUCAUCAUCUUAUUGUCCAUGGUUACAGUUGCAAUCUACAAAUCUAACCAGCAGAAGCAAUUGAUGAAGAAAUCUCACAAAAAUAUACAAGGUCCACCCAAAAUUGUGGUUCUUCACAUGGACAUGGCUAUUCACACCUUUGAUGAUAUAAUGAGAAACACUGAGCAUUUAAGUGAGAAGUACAUUAUUGGCUAUGGUGCAUCAAGCACAGUAUACAAGUGUGUACUGAAAAAUUCCCGAUCAAUUGCAAUUAAGAGACUCUACAAUCAGUAUCCAUACAACAUGCGAGAAUUUGAAACUGAACUUGAGACCAUUGGCAGCAUAAGACAUAGAAACAUUGUCAGUUUGCAUGGUUAUGCUCUCUCUCCAUAUGGAAACCUUCUUUUCUAUGACUACAUGGAGAAUGGUUCUUUAUGGGAUCUCCUUCAUGGACCAUCUGAAAAGGUAAAGCUGGAUUGGGAAACACGCUUGAAGAUAGCGGUUGGAGUUGCACAAGGACUUGCCUAUCUUCACCAUGAUUGUAAUCCACGAAUUAUCCACAGGGACGUGAAGUCUUCAAAUAUCCUGCUGGAUGAAAAUUUUGAGGCUCAUCUAUCUGAUUUUGGAAUUGCAAAAAGCAUUCCAACUGCAAAAACUCAUGCUUCAACCUAUGUUUUAGGAACAAUUGGCUAUAUUGACCCAGAAUAUGCCCACACAUCUCGGCUAAAUGAAAAAUCAGAUGUUUACAGCUUUGGCAUUGUUCUUUUGGAGCUUCUAACUGGGAAGAAAGCUGUGGAUAAUGAGUAUAAUUUGCAUCAGCUGAUACUAUCCAAAGCUGACAAUAAUACAGUAAUGGAGGUUGUUGAUCAAGAAGUUUCUGUUACAUGCAUGGAUUUAACUCAUGUGACGAAGACAUUCCAGCUUGCUCUGUUGUGCACAAAGCGGUAUCCUUCUGAAAGACCAACCAUGCAUGAAGUUGUGAGGGUUUUGGAAUCCUUUCUUCCAGCGCCUCUUACGAAACCUUGUUCAGCUCAACCAAAGCGCAUUGACUAUGCUAAGUUUUUGAUUGACAAAGGGCAGCAGUUACCAACACCUCAGCACCAAGCUCAACAGGAAAACAACUCUUCUGAUGCCCAGUGGUAUGUUCGGUUCCGAGAUGUAAUAUCUAAGAACACACUAUAAUUUUCUUACACCUAAUGAGGGCGGUGGAAACUGGUUCUGACCCCAAGAUUUGAUGGAUGCUGGAGGUUUUGCUCUGACAUGGAUUCUGUGACCUACUAAUUUAUGAAAUUAGGAACGAUCAGAUUACUAUCUGGGUUGGUUGGUUUGAAAACCUUCCAUAGACUUGGUAUUUAUGGUGUGCCAGAACAACCUUAACCUUAUUAUGCAAAUUAUAAAGUACUUUCUAGCAA